AAUCGCUCCGGCUACUUAGAGUCGUCGCCUCCGCUGUGGGAAACCAGAACCGAGUCGGGACUGCCCAGGUGGACCAGGCGCCCCAGCCAGCGGCGACCGGCCGACGCACCGCUUCCGCGCCGCGCACCGCACGGUUCCGCACGGGACAGAGUGGAGCUGCAGCCCCACGCGCCGCCCAGGACCCUCUCGCCACCACCGCCUCCGCAGCACCCAUGGGGAACAGGAGACUUUAAAGGAGUUUGGGGUUUCGGGAGCAGGGAAAUCACGGGUACGGAAAGGCGGCUGUCUUUGCCUUGGAAACGUUUUCUUCUUCGACCGUUUGGACCCUGUGCCGGGUCCCCGCUUCUGGCCCUCACCUCGCCGCGUCAUUGAUGGGCAACCAACUGGACCGCAUCACCCACCUCAACUACAGCGAGCUGCCCACAGGGGACCCGUCGGGGAUCGAGAAGGACGAGCUGAGGGUUGGGGUCGCCUACUUCUUCUCGGAUGAGGAGGAGGACCUGGACGAACGCGGCCAACCGGACAAGUUUGGUGUGAAGGCCGCUCCGGGCUGCACUCCCGGCCCGGAGAGCCCCAGCCGCCACCACCACCACCUGCUGCACCAGCUGGUCCUUAACGAAACUCAGUUCUCCGCCUUUCGGGGCCAGGAAUGCAUCUUUUCCAAAGUGAGCGGCGGCCCUCAGGGCGCCGACCUGAGCGUCUGUGCGGUCACCGCGCUGCCCGCUCUCUGCGAGCCGGGCGAUCUGCUAGAGCUGCUGUGGCUGCAGCCUGCGCCGGAGCCGCCCGCGCCUGCCCCGCACUGGGCGGUCUACGUGGGCGGCGGGCAGAUCAUCCACCUGCACCAAGGCGAGAUCCGCCAGGACAGCCUGUAUGAGGCGGGCGCGGCCAACGUGGGCCGGGUGGUGAAUAGCUGGUACCGCUACCGCCCGCUGGUGGCCGAGCUGGUGGUGCAGAACGCCUGUGGCCACCUGGGCCUCAAAAGCGAGGAGAUCUGCUGGACGAACUCGGAGAGCUUCGCCGCCUGGUGCCGCUUUGGCAAGCGGGAGUUCAAGGCGGGAGGGGAGGUGCCGGCCGGCACGCAGCCCCCGCAGCAGCAGUACUAUCUCAAGGUGCACCUGGGCGAGAACAAGGUGCACACGGCCAGGUUUCACAGCCUGGAAGACCUCAUCCGCGAGAAGCGCCGCAUCGACGCCAGCGGUCGCCUGCGCGUGCUCCAGGAGCUCGCCGACCUGGUGGACGACAAGGAGUAGCCUGGGGGUGCUGCCUGCCCCUCCUGUAUCCCCGCGUCCCGCCCCCUUCCCAGCCGGCGAUUCACCACCCCCGCCUCCCUCGCACGUCCUCCGCGAGCCAGUGCCAGGCUGCACCCUCGCACCCCUCCAGCAAGUGGCAGGAAGUCUCAAGAACUGGCUCGGGGACUGGAAGGGCAACCGUGCGAGCGAGCCCGGCCGAGACGCCCAGCGGGGGCGAUGGUGUUGAGAAACGUAGCGUGCUUUCCCCUUGAGUUAUGAGGGUGUGGGAGGGGGGUGGAGGAGAAAGGGCUGAGGGGAGCAGGGACUAGACUGCUCCCCGAGGCACUGCUCAGCGACUAUCACCCCACCUACUAGAAAGGGACCAUCACUGUCCCCAAACGCGCACCCAAAGACCGGUCGGAGGUGAGAAUUGAGCUUUUCAGGGCGCAGUUCAGCUCCUGUAUGGAUGUGUCCCCAGAUCGCAGGAUUUCCAAGAAAUCGAGCCUGUCCCUUAUGCACUUGUGAAUCAUUCCACAAGAGAGCGGGACUCCGGGUUAUCCCAAGGCUGCCUGGGACUGUUCCAGCUCUCCAGCCCCAGGUCCCCUGCCGCCGUAUCCAGGCUCCGGGCUAAGCUAGAUAGUGUUUGCUUCCUGUUCUUUCCACCCAGGGAAGCGAGCGCCACCCCCACCCGUGCUCGCCUGUGAGUCUCCCUCUCUGGCAGGGAAGCCUCUGGUCCGGGGAGGAACAUGGCGCAGCUAAUUUGGUGAGGAGCUCCGGCCCCGCACCCCCGGCAAGGAGAAGGUUCUCCUGGUAUCUGGGAACUCGAAUUCGUGGAGGAGGGCGCUUGUCGUUCGUAACCCUAGAUGGCUCCGUCCUUGGGCUGCAUUUCAAAAAUAAUCCUAUUUUUAAAGGGGUCGGAGGAGAGGGAGGGGGAAGACAUGGCAGCAUUCCAGAAACCAGCAUUAUUACAGCACCAUAGCCAGUAUAUUUAGUUUGGCUUUUCCUAGCAUAGAAAUCUUAGAAGAUGGAGAAGUGGAAAUAAAGUUUUAGAAAUGAGGGAGCAGUUUUCCAACUAUGUCAACAAAGCCUAUCUGUUGAUGUUUUUAUUGAUCAUCUUAGCAACACGCUAAUAAAAUUUCAAAUUGAAA